UUUGUACCCCACCUCUUCCCUUCAUGCGACUUGUCUUCGGGGUCUGGAAGGACAUGGCAUGGACGAGCUGAGGGCGGAAAACUGGUGGAAAUCUCUCAAGAAAGUUGGAAGUAACGCAGGGACAAGUUCAGAAAACUAGCUGGCGGACACUGCGCGUUUAAAGACAUCUGAUGGAUUAAAAAGUGAGUUCCAUUUUGUUGAAGAUCAAUCCCUUUUGGACAGCAGUGCUGAUCGUCACGCUUGUUCACCACACCCAUUCCCUCCAUCGGUGUUUGUGAACCCACUCCGGACAGCUUGCAGCAGGGUCUUUCCUGAGCAGCAGCAGCUGCGUCCUGCUUGCUGACUCUUCUCCCUUCCCCACUUCCUGUGCUUGGUCAGAACAGGGUAGAGCCUCCCCUAUUUUUCCCACCUCAUCUCAAACGCUGAAUUAGUUGUUCACAUUAAUUGUACACUCAGGACUACGGAAAGUAAUCAAGGAGGGCCUCUUGAUCCCUCAGCAGUGGGCAGUCUCCACUGACGUCCUCCCUGUCAACCUUCACUAGUCUCAAGCAUGACUUCCAUGUCCAGUCUAUUUUCCUUCACAAGUCCAGCAGUCAAGCGCCUGCUUGGCUGGAAGCAGGGAGAUGAAGAAGAGAAAUGGGCAGAAAAGGCAGUGGACGCUCUUGUAAAGAAGCUAAAGAAGAAGAAAGGGGCAAUGGAGGACCUGGAAAAAGCCCUGAGCUGCCCUGGGCAGCCCAGCAAAUGUGUUACCAUUCCAAGAUCACUGGACGGCCGGCUACAGGUUUCUCACCGCAAAGGUCUGCCACAUGUCAUCUAUUGCCGGGUGUGGCGGUGGCCAGACCUCCAGUCUCACCAUGAGCUCAAGCCCCUGGAGGUGUGCGAGUAUCCAUUUGGCUCCAAACAGAAAGAGGUCUGCAUCAACCCGUAUCACUACAAGCGAGUGGAGAGUCCUGUGCUCCCCCCUGUCUUGGUACCGCGACACAGCGAGUUCAAUCCACAGCACAGCUUGCUGGUACAGUUUCGCAACCUGACCCACAAUGAGCCACACAUGCCCCUGAACGCCACCUUUCCCGAGUCCUUCCAGCAACCACACAGCGGGGGCAGCAGCACGGGCGGAGGUGGUGGUGGUGGCGGUGGAGGAGGGUCUUUCCCAAUUUCUCCCAACUCUCCUUAUCCUCCUUCUCCAGCCAGCAGUGGUACUUACCCCAACUCUCCUGCCAGCUCGGGGCCCUCUAGUCCAUUCCAGCUCCCAGCUGACACCCCGCCCCCAGCAUACAUGCCUCCUGAUGAGCAGCUGGGCCAGGAGAGCCAGUCCAUGGAGACAAGCAGUAGCCAAGUGCCACAGAACUUGGUCAGGGGAGAUGUGCAGCCUGUGGAGUAUGAGGAGCCUAGCCACUGGUGCUCCAUCGUCUACUAUGAACUCAACAACCGUGUAGGCGAGGCUUACCAUGCCUCGUCAACCAGUGUGCUCGUCGAUGGCUUCACUGACCCUUCAAACAACAAGAACCGAUUCUGCCUUGGACUCUUGUCCAACGUCAACCGCAACUCCACAAUUGAGAACACCCGUCGGCACAUCGGCAAAGGUGUUCACCUGUACUACGUAGGAGGCGAGGUGUAUGCCGAGUGCCUCAGUGACACCAGCAUUUUUGUCCAGAGCCGUAACUGCAACUACCACCAUGGCUUCCAUCCUACAACAGUCUGCAAGAUCCCCAGUGGCUGCAGCUUGAAGAUUUUCAACAACCAGGAGUUUGCACAACUCCUGGCUCAGUCCGUCAACCAUGGCUUUGAGGCCGUUUAUGAGCUCACCAAAAUGUGUACCAUCCGUAUGAGCUUUGUUAAGGGCUGGGGAGCGGAGUACCACAGACAGGACGUCACCAGCACCCCCUGUUGGAUUGAAGUGCACCUGCAUGGGCCGCUUCAGUGGUUGGACAAGGUCCUGACUCAGAUGGGUUCUCCCCUCAACCCAAUCUCCUCUGUGUCAUAAUAUUUAGAUUUUUUAUUUUUUUGUCACUUUUUUCCCUCCAUCAGUGAUUUAAUUUAAUGUGGUCUUAAAUGGCUAAACUGUUUACAUCUACUGUGGGAGGGGCUUGUUGGACUAGAAUGGCAGCAGCAGCCAGAAUUUAGAAUCAUGUUUAAUAUCAGCGGGAGAAAGAAGAAAAGUAGUUGUGAUGGCAUGGACUGGCUACUUUUCCACAACGACAUUACUGAAGCGUUGUUGAGCUUCCAUAAAUUGCAUCAAAUUGUAUUGGUUACUCCAAUGUAUUUGAUUUCUAUGUAUGUUUAGUUUUUGCCUUAUUUUUGACAAUUCUGAAUUCAUGGAACAAUUUUCUUAUUUUGUUGUCUGUCUGAUAUUUUACAUGUUAGGUUCAGAUAUCACAAAUGCUUGCUUUUCUCGUCUAAUUGUUAAAAUGAACACUGAGAAAGUAAUGUUUGCUAAAGCUGUGGGAGACGGAUCACUGAACCAAGUACUUCGUGCCAUAAGCUAACACUAUUGUGAAUGUUUUAACUAGUCGCGAAAGAUCCAUUCUGACCAUAAGACUUUUCUUGUUCCAUCAGUAAGAGAGACAUGCAUUGUCUACACUCGAUUAACAAUUUUGUGCACUCAAGGAUUAUGUGGAGGUGUAUAUGAAAUGUUGCCGUGUGUUACAACUCGAAGUUGAUGAAUGACUUCAUUAGCGCCAUUUAAUAAACUGGUUAUUUGGUUAACAUGA